GGUCCGUCACCGUUUCUCCGUGAGGGGUCGAAGGAAACCGUGGCUACGAGACAGCCCGGCUAGGGCCUGGGACAGUUGCACAGGCCGGGCUGGAGCAUCAGGGCCACGGGACCUGGCUCUGGCCCUGUCUCUGCUUCAAGUCCGAGGUUAUGCGUCUCAAUGAUCCCGCGGAAACGCUACGGGUCUAAGAACACGGAUCAAGGUGUCUACCUGGGUCUCUCAAAGACACAGGUCCUGUCCCCUGCAACUGCUGGCAGUAGCAGCAGCGACAUCAUCCCUCUGCCCCCCCCAGUGGCCCUGGUCCCUCCCCCUCCCGACACCAUGUCCUGCCGGGAUCGGACCCAGGAGUUCCUGUCCGCCUGCAAAUCGCUGCAGAGCCGUCAGAAUGGAAUCCAGACAAAUAAGCCAGCUUUGCGUGCCGUCCGACAGCGCAGUGAGUUCACCCUCUUGGCCAAGCGCAUUGGGAAAGACCUCAGCAACACAUUUGCGAAGCUGGAGAAGCUGACAAUCUUGGCAAAACGCAAGUCCCUCUUUGAUGACAAAGCAGUGGAAAUCGAGGAGCUAACAUACAUCAUCAAGCAGGACAUCAAUAGCCUCAACAAACAAAUCGCACAGCUUCAGGAUUUUGUGAGGACCAAGGGCAGCCAGAGUGGCCGGCACCUGCAGACCCAUUCCAACACCAUUGUGGUCUCCUUGCAGUCAAAACUGGCUUCCAUGUCCAAUGACUUCAAAUCGGUUCUAGAAGUGAGGACAGAGAACCUGAAGCAGCAGAGGAGCCGGCGGGAGCAGUUCUCCCGGGCACCUGUGUCAACCCUGCCCCUUGCCCCCAACCACCUGGGGGGUGGUGCUGUGGUUUUGGGGGCAGAGUCCUGUGCCUCCAGGGAUGUGGCUAUCGACAUGAUGGACUCUCGGGCCAGCCAGCAGCUGCAGCUCAUUGACGAGCAGGAUUCCUACAUCCAGAGUCGGGCAGACACCAUGCAGAACAUUGAGUCUACAAUUGUUGAGCUGGGCUCCAUCUUUCAGCAGUUGGCACACAUGGUUAAGGAACAGGAGGAAACUAUUCAGAGUUUGAGUAUUCCUUAUCUUAUAUGCUUGGAACCAGAAGUAUCUUGGAUUUCAGAUUUUUUCGGAUUUUGGAAUAUUUGCAGGAUCGAUGAGAACGUGCUAGGAGCCCAGCUGGACGUUGAUGCUGCGCAUUCAGAGAUCCUCAAGUACUUCCAGUCAGUCACCUCCAACCGGUGGCUUAUGGUCAAAAUCUUCCUCAUCCUCAUUGUCUUCUUCAUCAUCUUUGUGGUCUUCCUUGCCUGAACCCUCUCCACUCUGAGGCACUCCAUGGGGGUUUGGGACCCUCCUGGUAGGGCAGAUGGCCAGAGUUGCCACUGAGCCUGUGCAGGGUGCUUGGGAGAAAGUCCCUGUUUCCCUGGAACUGCUAAGAAUGGCCAGUGCCCUGAUCCUCCACCCUUAUCUCUGGCCAUCCCUUUCUCCCCUCACCACCCUCAGGCCCAUGAAGCACACAGUUCUGGAUUUGGACUCUGCUGUGAAGUGGCUGGAAGGGAACAGAGGCCAGCUGGGGGCCAGUGGGGGAGGUUGUCUCCACUGGGAGAUUUUUAUAAACUUUCCCCAGUCUCUCCCAAAGGAAAUUUUGGCAGCAAGGGGUGAUGAUGCCCUUCCCCCACCCGAGAGUGAAGAGAGGAAGCAAAACUGUCCCAGGGACCAACUUUCCCAUCUUGGUUAGAACUUAACCUCUUCUUCCUCUCUUCACCAUGUGAGGCAGGGGACCCUAAGCCCUUCAGCUGCCUGCACAACCCCCAACAUCGGCUGCUGGUGACUCUCAAUCUGCCAAAUGUGCUGCAGCUCGUUUUCUCCCAAUUACAGCAAGACUGUCAGCCUCA